GUCCGACAUGAAGCGCGACCUCCAGGACGAGGCCAGGAAAAUGACGGAGCGCUGCGACAAGAUGGAAAGGAAGAGGAAGGAGGAUGUUGAGGCGCAGCAGCUCCGGGUCCAGGCCCUGGAGGGCAAGGUGGAGGAGCGCAUCGCUGGGGUCGAGAAGCAGGUGGAGGCCUCGCACAAGGCCCUGGAGGAGAUGAUGAACGUGAAGGAGAAGAACAUCAAAACUUCCGUCACCACCAUGCAGACCGCCCUGGACAGUAAGAUCGAGGCGAAGCACUCCAGCAUGAAGAAGCGGCUCGAUGACUCGCUCAAGGCCCACCAGGCGGACACGAUCAGUGCCUUUCGAGACAUCAUGGGGGAGGGUAUCGGCGACAUCAAGAAGUUCAUGCAUUCGGACGAGUACCUCCACAAGGUGAAUCAGGCGCAGGCGGAGCUUACGCAGCGGAGCCAGGGAGAGGAGGACGAAGGUUCUCGCGUUGUUGUAGUUUCUGGGCGCCGCAGGCGCAGACGCAAAAGAAGGAAAAAGAAGCAUGUCUCCGCGCAGAGCAAGCUCGCAGCCUCAGCAUCUUCUUCUCUCACAGGAAACUGGUCUUUCACAAAAAUCAUCUUCUCACUUAUGCUUCUUCUCAGGUCCGCAAGCGCCAUAGGCGGUCUCUUUCACACCGACGCCAACGACGAGUUCACAGACCUGACGGAGAUGUCCACCCCGAGUUCGGGGGAGCCGUCAGACGCGUCGGACUUCUUGCUGGGAGAGGGUGACACGACGGAGCAAAGUUCUCCGACUGUGGGAUCCGCCCCGGACGUCGACAACAUUGCAGCCCCCCCGACGAUAGCAGAUGCGGAGGCACCCACACCUCCCGCGGGGGAGACCGCUACAGCUGCUGUGAUGAGAAAUGACGUUGAGCAAACUCAUGUUUCUGAGAUACUAGAUGAUGACCCGCAGCCUCACCUGCGAGGAGAAGAUGAGUACGAGAAGACAAGUAGACUUGAUGACCACGAGGACGAUAUCGAAACACUGCGAAAGAUCUUGACUGCUGAAAACGAUGACAACACGAAC